UUAAAAGGAAUACCAUUUUUCACAAAGCCCAGUUUGGUCACAUUUUCUUGGCGUCGCCCGCUUAAAAUAGCAUUAUUUUUUGAAUGAGUUUUUUAAGCAACAGCAGCACGGUUCACGUGGAAGUUCGCCUUCGAUGUACCAACAUACGCCUUUCAACAAUACGCGCCGGUUUGGAGACGGCUUUGCAACAAUAUUUUCAGUCGGCUAUAAGUCUGCCAAGGAAUGUGUCCUUCGUGCCCGAAUUGCCAUUUGAUCAGGCCCAGUUGGUGGAAACCGUGCUCCUGGAGCGCGACAAUGGCGACGGGCGGGCUUUGCAGUCCACUGGGACCAAGUUCCGUUUUCAUUUCUAUGAACCAAAGCGGGCGGAGCCGCACUGCAGUUCCGGAAUCUUUGAUGAAGGCGGAAGUGGCGAUACAGAUGGCACCGUUGGCGUAAUGGCCGCCGAUCAUGUCCUCCUGCCCGCCAGCCAAUUUGUGGGCCUGUGGGAGAACCUCAUCUACGAGAGCGGAUUGAAGGAGAAGCUCCUGAAGUUUGCUCUGUCGGCGCUGACUUUCUCACAGCACCGCGUGAACACCAAUGUGAUUGCAUGCAACCGGCUGCUGCUUCUCCAUGGACCGCCUGGCACUGGAAAGACGAGCCUCUGCCGGGCCCUGGCUCAGAAGCUGGCCAUCCGGACCCAGGGAAGCUAUGCUUACACCCACCUAGUGGAGAUUAACAGCCACAGUCUGUUCUCGAAGUGGUUCUCGGAGAGCGGUAAGCUGGUGGCACGUCUGUUUGCAAAGAUCGGGGAGCUGGUAGCGGACCCCAAAAAUCUCGUCUGUGUCCUUAUUGACGAAGUGGAGUCGCUGGCCUACGCCAGGAACGCUAUGUCUAGCAGUGAACCCAGGGAUGCCAUGCGUGUGGUAAACGCAGUGCUAACCCAGUUGGAUGACAUCAAGACCUGUUCCAACGUACUUAUCCUGGCCACCUCCAACCUGGCGCAAAGCAUUGAUUUGGCUUUCCUAGACCGCGCCGACAUUCGUCAGUACAUUGGGUAUCCGGACAUGACUGCUAUUCGAGCCAUUUACAAAACAAUGCUGGCUGAGCUCAUGUCGGUGGGAGUAGUGCAGCGUGAGGCUUUGGAGGCGGAGGACGCCGAGGAGGGCCUACUGACCCAAUUGGCUGAGCAAAGCGUCGGGCUAAGUGGCCGCAGGCUUCGAAAGCUGCCUCUUUUAGCUCAUGCUCAGUACACCAGCAGCGAUCUCUUCGAGCUAGAUCAGAAGAUCAGCCUGUCGGACUUCCUGGACGCCAUGAUGAUGGCCUUGGAGAAGCAUUUGGGCGAGCAGCGCCUGCUGAAACUGGAGUCCUUGGAGGAACUCUAAGCUAACAGCAAAGAAGACAUGAAAAAAAAGAAUUUUUUAUACCUACACUCUAUGUCCGUCAAAUCCGAUACUUUGUAAACUUCAAUUUGCUGCUAUGAAAAACAAUCCGAGGCAGAUGCACGGGACCAAUCUCAA